ACGUUUACAUGCGCACGUCUGUUUCCGGGCGUGGUCUAAAGAAGCAGCGAUGCCAUCAUGCUAGCUGUAGAAGUCCAGAAUAACUAGCUCUGCUCAUUUACAGAUAAAUUGGGAGUGUUCUUGAGUUAUAUAGUUGUACUUGAAAUUGGAAUAUAGAAUGACAAUAACAAUUUGAGUGCGAGGUUUGUUUUUUUGUGGCAAGUGCCACCCAAAAUAGACGAGCAGCGUAAGUAAGCUAGCUAGAUUCCGUAAACUAGCACGGCUAUUGGUAACAUACUCGUAAACAUAUCGACUGCGUUUACAGCGCGUCCUGCAACAAGCUCAUCGACCGGCGUAUCCACGUUGGCCUUUUCUACCACUGUCAUGGAGAAGGCAGACUUUUUGAAAGGGCUUCCUGUGUACAAUAAAAGCAACUUCAGCAGGUUUCAUGCAGACUCCGUUUGUAAAGCAUCUAAUCGGAGGCCCUCUGUCUAUCUUCCAACACGGGAAUACCCUUCUGAACAGAUCAUUGUCACAGAGAAAACCAACAUCCUUCUGCGCUACCUCCAUCACCAGUGGGACAAAGAGAAUGCAGCAAAGAAAAGGGAACAGGAACAAGGGGAAGGUGACAGUCCCGCACCCCCAAGAAAGAUUGCCAGGACAGACAGCCAAGAAAUGAAUGAAGACUCAUAAGUGUGUGUAUGUAUGUAUGUAUGUAUGUAUGUAUGCCUGUGUAUAUAGAGGGCGUAGCCGAUCUUAACAAGUAAAAACAGAAAGGGUAUUCGCUCCUCACUAAAGACUUGUGGCCAAUCUGUGGCUUGAGGCGGUUUGGUAAACAAUGGAGCCAUUCUUCAACACAAUUCGGAGCCUAUGACGAAUUAAAGGAGGGUUUUACUGUGAAGAAUUUGUUGAAAAUCCACACUUUUAGACAGAUUUUUCAACCACUGUUUGAGGACUGAAACGAGCCCCUAUCGGGCGGUGGGCGUGUUUCUGCCAUUUGUUGUUGAAACAUGUGUAUAGUGUGUGUGCGUGUGUGCAUGCUGAGCUGUGUGUGUAUUGUACCGUAUAUGCCCAGUUCAAUGCUUUGUUAAAAAGUCGGAUUUCAAGUUGGCGUGUGACUUGACAAAUCAAGUCUUCAAAGUUUGACUUCUGGCGUUUUAUUGUGUUACUGCGUUUUAUUGUAAGGCAACGCGCUUCCUGGCUGCCAAAGUGCCCACCCUCUCAGUUUCACUGCCCACUCUGUAACAACGGCGACGUUUCCCUCUACUGUUUGGAUCCACAGAACCAAGAAUGCACUGUGAGAAACGGCACAAAGUAGAAGCACCACUCUAAUGUGUAUGUUAGCAGUGCAUAGCUCCAGAAUCCACACACAGUCCAUCUUGCACCUUUGGUCUAAGCUGAAGGUUUGCAUUGAGCUUUAGCCGCUCUUUAAAGUAUGCAUUCAUACAUCCUAAUGGUGGAUUUUGGAGAUACAGCAUUAUGAAAUUGGGAACUGAAGGAAAAAUGUCUUAUGACGUAUUGAAAGAUUGCCAGCUGUGUUUGUGUGCAAUGUAAGAAAGACCCUAUAGAAGUAAAGACAUCGGCCUCGGUGCAGAGUAAAUGUGAUUUCGGCCUUGCAUGUUAUUUUCAGUCCUGGCCCAUCCUUGAUAGCAUAGGCGCUUUAGGAUUGUGGCUUGAUUGUCUUUGACUGUGGAAGGUAUUGUUAGAGGCCUUACGACUGGUCGUCACGGUUUGGAUCCUGUUGCUUUCUCCCGUUGUCAUUUUGAGUAGUUCAGUGCGGGGUUAAAAGGGGUGUUAUGUGUUUAGCAUGCAGUCAAGUGCUGCUCUUAGCCCACUGUCUUCUUUUUGUCAUCCAGAUUUUUCUUUAAAAAUAUACAGUAUGUGAAAAAUUCAAUCUGUGGUCCGCCUGUGUACAUAAUCCUGUAUUUUUCAGUCAUAAGAUCAUGUUGUGUCUGUGCUAAGACUGUUCUACCACGCCUGGAACCUUCCCAUCCCCCCCCAUCUCGUGUGUGUUAGAUCAGUUGGUUUUUUUCUAGCUUUGCUGAAAUAAAACUGGACUGACACUUUC